AUGAACGUUUUACAGCAAUACUCCUUACAAUAUCUUGGUGAUGAAGAUUUACUUUUCUAUGUGGUGUUCAUGCAGCUCCCAGUACUCUUGCUUACCAUUGCUGUUUGCCUUUGGAUGAAAUCUUCCUAUGAGAAUUUCUUGAUACGCGGGGGACUUACAUGGAGAAGAGGAGAGCGAACAGGAGAAAGGGUGACAGAUGAGGAACACAAGGAAGAUGAAGUUAUUCCCACUAGGAGUAGUAGUAGUAGCAGCAGCAGUAGUAGUAGUAUUUCUGAUAGUGGCGACAGUGGUGAUGAGGGCUGCAAAAAGACUACGAGGAAUGUACAAAGGAUCUCACUUGAGGAGUUGUACAAGCGUUCAGAGAUGAUCACAAGGACAGAAAAGCGCUGGUCGAUGCCAACAGAGAAUUGA